AUGACGUCGUUGUUGCCUUUGGUAGAGGCAGUGGACUCGUUUCCGUACGUUCCAAACGACUACUACUUCACGUUUGUUGGUCAUAAUGGACAGCCUUUGGGUUAUAUGGUGCCAGAAGUGGCCACUGCAUUCAAGACGUGUUCUGCACUGGACAAGUUUGUGGUGAAUGAUGGAGACAAGACAGUCACUAUGGGAGGAGAGCUAGAUACUUUCGAAAAGAGAAGUGCUGUGGUUGCUCAAUUGGCUGAGGAGUGGCGUCAGAAGGACCCUGUGGUGGCUAAAGGUUGGAGAGAUGAGCUUUACGUGGUGUUUUCUCCUAGGACAGUACCGUACUUUUCAGUGGAAAGGGCCUUUUCUGGUGUUUUGGGUGUGGUCACUUACGGCGUUCAUAUCAAUGGAAUAGUGCCUGCUAGCAAAUCUAGCAACGGGAAAACAAAAAUGUGGGUGCCUCGAAGAUCAAAGACAAAGGCUACGGCUCUGGAUAAUGUUAUUAAGGAGUGCUACGAGGAAGGUGGUUUGGAUAAGGCGUUUGUGGAGCCUCGUAUAUCUUCUGCUGGUGUGAUUCUGUACCUCUGCCAGCCUUAUGGGCCUAAGGGACACGCCCAGCCUGAGGUGGAGUAUAUCUACGACUUGGUUUUUGACUCAGAAACGGAAUAUGAGCCUUCGCCAGUGGAUGGCGAGGCGGAAGAGUUUAAGCUUAUGGAUUUGGAUGAGGUGCUUCAGAGAAUGAAGGAUGGAGAAUUCAAGCCUAACUGUACAUUAGUGGUUAUUGACUUUUUGAUUCGCCAUGGCCAUAUCACGCCAGAGAAUGAGGAGAACUACUUGGAGAUUACUUCGAGAAUCCACAGAAGGUUUCCGUUCGCAACGAGGAAUUAA